GCACUCAAAAACUAUUAGUAAAUGUAUCAGUAAACAUAUCUCAGCUUCAAAUUAUUUAAUAUUGUUUAUGUACUGACCUGUGACGCCCUUAGUUUUGAUAAUAGUCUUAGAUUGUGCUAUUGUUUAUUUUGUUCCUUUUUGCUUCCUUUCCAGCUCACAGUCAUGCAUUUUCAACCUUGAGUAUAGCAGCUUGUUUUAUUGCUGCCCAAAAUGGCGUAAAUAUAACCAGUGUUGUGAAGGGUCUGCUGACAGGGCUCUUAUCAGUUGGCAGGACAGAGCAAGGUGCAGUGGUUCGUUAUCUGGUUAGUUGCCUUGGUGCACAGUGCCUGUUGUAAUGAUCCGAUGUGUUGCUAGGGGCCUCAGACAGCAUCAGAGGAUGUAAGACACAAAGUGCUCUCAUACGGUGGUGAACUAAGGCAAUUACGCUUUGGAGUAUUGAUGGGGAUCAUCAGUCUGAGUGGGUGGAGAGGUCAGCAUCGAGGUCAGCGCCUACAGUAAGAAUUAGACAAGAGGCAGACACAGUGUAUGGAGGUGUUUGAAAGGGACUGUAUUAAGAGAUUCCCUCUUACAGCGUACAGAAUCAGAAUAGAAUUACGUACUGUAGACAGUAUUCUCCACCCAACCGUAUCCAAGCAACUAAACUGCAGAAACAAGAACAUGUUUAGAAAUCAAUCUAUGUGUACAGGAGCUUUGUGCUGUCGCACUGAACUGAAAAUGAAACGGUUUGCUGUUAUUUUUUCUGCUGCAAAAAUUACAUUAAUGUGUAGUGGAUGAUGCUAUUUUUGAGGAAGAAAAAAACGCUAACUAAAUGUUAAAAUGCAGUAAAUGUAAGGUGCUAUGAUUGUGAAGCCAUUAUGAUGCUAAAAUAACAGUCUUAGCUAUGGGAAGCGUAUUCAGACGCUGCAAAAAAUAUGCCGCUGGACACAGGAAAACUGUCUGCGGGAAUCAAGCUAUUUCUACCCACUCAAGUCAAUCAGUCAUCAUUUUUCAUGCCCGCUGACCCAGUGCACCUCUGCCACAAGAACCAGUGAAAUCGUCGGGCGCGCUCACAGCCACUGCACGUCGAUAUCCAGCCUGUGCACCAUGCCUUCUGUCGCGCAUGUCAAAGCCCGAUGCCCGCUGUAUCCCGGCUCGGACACCCGCAGGUUCCCUGUUCCGGACGACAAGGUGAAGUGGGAGACGACAUGGACGGACUAUAAACCCGUGAACUACACAGCUCCCUCUGUGCUGAAGAACCCGCCCUGGGCAGACCCAGACAUAGGAUCCUUUUCCCCAAAGUUUAACGCUCUAGACGGGUCUGUGGACAGGACAAGUCACGUGGGAACAUACAAAGUCGAGCAGGGAAGGCCGCUGAAUCCUUGCGGCCGCACUGGUUUGGCUGGAAGAGGCUUACUUGGCCGGUGGGGUCCAAAUCAUGCAGCAGACCCUAUUGUGACCAGGUGGAAACGAGAUUCGGCUGGUCAGCGCGUCUUAAACGCACACUCCAAGCUCCCGGUCCUCCAGUUCAUCUCCAUCAAGAGGAAGGACUGUGGGGAGUGGGCAAUACCAGGGGGUAUGGUGGACCCAGGGGAGGUGGUGACCCUCACCCUGCAGCGGGAGUUCUCAGAGGAGGCGCUGGACUCCCUAAAAGCCUCCCCCAAGGAGAAGGAGAAACUUCAGGAGCGCAUCACCCGGCUCUUCAGCUCGCCAGGCCUGCAGGUGUACAAAGGUUAUGUCGAUGACCCCCGAAACACGGAUAAUUCCUGGAUGGAAACAGUUGCCGUUAACUUCCACGACGAGACAGGGGACAGCGUGAGUGAGCUUCCUCUGCAGGCGGGCGACGACGCGGGUCAGGUGACCUGGGUGGACGUCGGCUCGGCGGUCCCGCUGUACGCCAGCCACUCGCAGUUCCUGGAGACCGCCGCCCGGGAGAGACACGCCCACUGGUAGCCCGCCGCCCCGGGCGCGGAGGAAGAGCUGCGCGGUUUUCGAAAUUCGGCGCGGCGUUCCGCCGUCGUUAAUUAAAAUAAACACGUCGUCAGGAUCACGUGACGUCGCUGGUAAUUACGUUUUCAUCCGUAGGGGAGAGUAGGUACAAAUGUAACAGUUUUUGGAUUUUGCUAAUUUUUAAAAUAUUUAGCCUAGCACUUUUUUACUUCAAAUUUUACUUCAAACAGCUUUGACAUGUCAGUAGUCAUUACCCGUUUCAGUUACGUUUAUAACUUGAUCGAGUCGGAUGUAAUUUAAACCAAUGCACAAGCAGUCCGAUGUUACACUGUUACACUCAUGCGACCUAUUCGGUAUAAUUGUUACAGAGGGGAGGAAUAAUUGUAACAGUAAAUGAUAAGGCCCUAUAAUGCGCAUAUGGAAGUUUUCUCCACACAUACUGAUGUUAAUCAAGGAAACACAUUUCCACUGGUAAUGUGAGACCAGCCACAUCCUCAGAAACCGUACAGACUUUUCAAGGACAGAUGACUGUUUAGAAUGAUGUAUGAUUUAAUUAUUGUAUUAAAAAAAGCCUCGUAUCCAAAAAUUACUUCCGGAACGGAUUUUUAUCAAAAUUUUUUAAAAAAUAUUUCCUGAGAAGACUGUCAAAUUACUCUUUAGGCAAUUGUAGAGGACUGAAUUGUGUGUGUAGAAGCCUGAAAUGGCUGCUGUAGCAUCAGUGUACAAAAGGUCAUUGACCGUGUUACAUUUAUGGUGCGUUAUCUUUGUACCGACUCUCCCCUACACUCAGGAGCAGGCUGUACUCAUUCGAUCCUGAAGAGCCAGCAGGGGUAGCACACUUUCUUUAAACCCCCAGGGGCCAAACUACACCAGUCUGUCUGGCAGAAAAAAAAAAUCUGCAGGUUAUGAACACGUGUUCAUGCCACCCUGAUCUGAUUGGCUGGUCGUGAGCGUGUGCCGUGUGAACAUGUUCUCUUUUUGACUG